GUAAAUGUAUUUGUUUAUCUUAUUCACACAUGUCCUACAUUGAUGUAAGGAAGGUUUUCAAGUGUUCAAAUGUACUGCGGUUAAUUCUAUGAAAUCAGAGGUAUCAUAUACAGUGAGAAGGUUACAUAACAAUAGUGCGCAAUUAUAUGGUUACCGUACUAUACUAUAAAUUGAUCAGUAACUUUACUGCACAUCAUUGUAAAACUGCAGAAAGGUCAACUGUCAACUGUCGUGUGUAUGGAUAAGCAAUGGAAAGUACCAGCAUGCAUACAAUUACAAUGUACGAAUCUGUAAAUAAUAGAUGAAAAGUAAAUCACAACCUUUAAGAUGCAGUGACUAUAAAACUUGGAGUGUGAGCUGACUAGAUAUUGUAAACAAUACCACUGCAAUUGUAUAUUUCGCAGUUCAUAAUGACAAAGCCCACUUAUUUCUCUAACAUACAUGAAUGACUGUAUAAACUGUCAAUCAUGUGUGGCGACUGGCGAGUGGCGAGCGCCGAGCAGCGUGGAGGUGGCGUGGUGGCGUGUGGCGGCGCGUGGUGAUCACUUGGUCCGCUUCUGACGCCGCUAGCCCGCCAGCACAGCCUUCAUCAUGGCCAGACUCUUCCACGCCACUUAUUGCCAGUGGCGGCAGUGGCGGAGACUCAGCACAGCCCCGAGGAUGGCCAUGGCACAUGACAGACAGGGAGUGAGGAGGCUGGCCACUCACUGUCAGGCAGAGGUGGACCAGCACUAUGAGGAAGCUGUGCAGACGCUCAAUUCCCUUCAGUCAAAUGCAGCCGUGUUGCAGCGCAUCCGCCAGGAGCGAGGAUUCACAAACAAUGUUCAAGCCACGGAAGGCUUCCUUGACAGGGUUGGCAUUUCCCUUAAGGAUCUUGAUUCUCUGUCAGUCAUCCAUAUAGCAGGCACAAAAGGGAAGGGAUCCACCUGCUCCUUUGUGGAAAGCAUCUUGAGGGAACACGGCUUUCGGACAGGCUUUUACUCUUCGCCACACCUGGUGGCCGUGCGGGAGAGGAUCCGCAUCAAUGGCCAGCCCAUCUCAAAAGAAGACUUUAUCACCUACUUCUGGGAUGUAUAUAAUCAGUUGAUAGCCAAGAAGACCAGUGAUGAUGACAUGCCUGCUUACUUCAAGUUUUUGACCGUGCUUGCAUUGAAAGUAUUUGUAAAAGAGGAAGUGGAUGUUGCGGUAUUAGAAGUGGGCCUGGGGGGCGAGUAUGACUGUACCAAUGUGGUGAGGAAACCAGUGGUGUGUGGAGUGACAACCCUAGACUAUGACCACACCUCCAUCCUGGGCAACACCAUUGAGUCCAUAGCUUGGCACAAGGCUGGCAUCAUGAAGCCGGGGGUCCCAACCUUCACUGUGGAGCAGCCACUACAGCCUUCCCUGAGUGUGUUGCUACAGAGAGCUAAGGAAAAACAGGUUCCCUUGUACUUAAUACCACCUUUAGAGAAUUAUGGUUGGGGGGCACGGCCUCUACAGCUUGGCCUGGCAGGCAAUGUCCAGUACUGUAAUGCAUCACUUGCCCUACAGCUUACUCAAUACUGGAUGAACUCUCAGAAUAGAGGCAGGAGUGGAGAGGUGGUGCACACUGCAACCUCAACCUCAGAUCACUUGAAUGUGCCUGCUGCCAUUCCGUUCACACUGUCUGAUGAGGAUGUACUGGGGCUAAAGUAUGCAGUGUGGCCGGGCAGAUCUCAGGUGAUGGCGAGUGGCCCUCUGACCUUCUUCCUGGAUGGGGCCCACACGCCUGUCAGCAUGCAGGCCUGUGUGGACUGGUUCCUCAAGACGGCUCCUAUGCAUGCCCCUCAAAAUGGGGGCAACACUUUCCGUCUGCUGUUCUUCAACUCGACUGGUGACCGUGAUCCAGAGACGCUGCUCAAGCUACUUACCUCAUGUAACUUUGACUUGGCCAUCUUCACCACCAACUUGGUCACUACUUCCAUGAAGGCCUCCUCAGAUCAGACCAACUAUACCAUCUCCAGAGACCAAGCACACUUACGGUGUGAACAGCAGAGGAGCUCAUGGAUUCGUCUCGUAAGGAAUCAAUCAAAACUGGAAUCUGAAUCACCAGAUCAUGAGGACACAGAGGUGGAUGGCACAACACAGAGUGAAGGAAGUGAGAGAAAUCUGAACUUGACUUCCAGCAUGCCUGCCUCAGAUGUGCCAAGCAUCAUCUUCCCAUGCAUUCAGGAUGCCCUGGUGUGGCUCUCCUGUGGCCGUGAUCCCAACCUCACUGGGGAGCUGCUCACCCCUCCGGCCUUCCCUCCCCCUCCACGCCUUCAAGAAGCAACUCAAGUCCAGAUUCUGGUGACUGGCUCAUUGCACCUGGUUGGUGGGGUGCUGGGAGUGAUAGAUCCUGAGCUGCGGUGUGCCACCCAUGUGCGCAAUGCCUUUAAUAAGCGGCCAUCCCUCACUGACUUGGUGCUCAACAACUACAACAAAUUCUCCUCCCCUGGUACACCCUGACAACAGUGUUGGUGGUCAGCAAGACAAGCACACUGCCAUCACUCUCUGGUGUCAUUGUUUACAUGACCAGUGUUCAUAAUGCAGUAGUACAGUAGUGUGUCCACAAUAAAUAAUGUAAUAGGACAAAUGGGAAGAAAAUUAUACUCUAAAUUUGCUAUUUUACCAUAAAAAUAUACUAGUGCAUUAUAAACCAAAGAAAUAAGUACAGUACAUGUACUAUAAAUGAAUAGAAAGAGUGACUUUUUGCUCAAUCAUAUCACUCGCCCAGAAGAUUCCAUGUGAAAAUGGCUUUAUUUCUGUUUCACUCCACAACCACCACUGUCCUCAUCCUUCUCUAUCACUAACUGUAACAUUCUUAUGAUAUCCUUGGGAAAAUAUGAGAGCAUUUUGUAUGUCUUGAUCCUGAACUUAAUAAUAAUGAUUUUACUACA